AUGACAAAGGAAGUAUGGGAUAUAGUGCAAGAGGGCUAUGGCAACUCUGGAAUGGGCAAGAAGAUCAUGUUGAAAUAUCUACAAAGGCAUUAUGAACUCUUGAGCAUGGUAGAGCAAGAAACAGUUGUUGAGUAUGUUGGAAGAAUCCAAGUCGUGGCUAACGCGAUGAGAGCUUGUGACAAGAUAAUAAAAGACCAGAAGAAUGUUGAGAAAAUACUCAGAACCUUAACACCUCAGUAUGAUCAUAUUGUUGUAGCCAUAGAAGAAUCGCAUGAGCAGAGAUUAAUAGAAAGAAAGAUUGUAGGAAAGGGUGUAAUUCAAGGCACAAAUCAAGACUUGCAAGCCAUAAAUAAUCAAAGUUUCAAGGGCCAUGGAGCUGGAAGGGGCAGAGGGAGAUCACGAGGUGGAGGAACUGGAGGUAACAAUGUAAAACCCUCUGAACAAACCGCGAAAGACAAUGGCAGUGAACAAAAGGAGGGAAACAAGAGAGGAGGAAGGCAAUUUAGAGGUAGAGGCAGAAAAGGCUAUGAUAAAAGAAACGUUCAAUGCUACACCUGUAACAAAUACGUGUACUAUUCUGCAGAGUGCUGGCCCAACGAAUCCACGAAGAAAAACAAGAAUGAUGAAGCGGCUAACCUUGCACAAGACACUUGUGAUUCAGAGUCUGAUCAUGUAUUAUUAAUGAGCAAUGUGGAAGAGGCUGAAGAUGAUUUGUGUUGGAGGUUGAUGCGAGACAGGUGUGUAAAAGAACAAGAUCGCUUGCGAGACAGGUGUACCCAGGAUGUGAGUCAUGCACUGGACAGGUGUAAUUGUGAAGAUGACCAUAUGUUGCUGUCGAAAUAA